CGGAGAAAACCCUAAGAAAGACCCUACCAGAAUUUCAGUGAUCGGAAACGAUGGUGGUUGGUCUAAGAGAGUUCGCGCACAGAACCGGAAACGGCUCCGGAACACCGGUUCUGGACGAAUCUAACGGUGAGGAACUUAUGCGCGUGCAGCCCUCCGUGGCCGUCGCUCUCGGGAAUCGAUCCCUCGAGUCUCCCGGAACUCUCUACAUCACUUCCAGGAAAUUGAUUUGGCUUAGUGACGUAGACAUGGCGAAAGGUUACGCCGUCGAUUUCUUAUCGAUAUCGCUUCACGCAGUGUCUAGAGAUCCAGAGGCUUAUUCAUCUCCUUGUAUAUAUACUCAGAUUGAAGUUGAAGAUGAUGAGGAUGAAGAAGAUGAGUCUGAUACUCAAUCCACCGGAGCUUUGGACUUGUCUAAGAUCAGAGAGAUGAGGCUUGUUCCUUCUGACUCUACCCAUUUGGAUACUCUGUUUGAUGUGUUCUGUGAAUGUGCUGAACUCAAUCCAGAACCAAUUGAACAAGAAGAAGAAGGCGAACAUAACUGGGUGUUUAGUGCUGAUCAGAUGGUUGUUGGUGGAGGGGCGGAAGAAGACGGCGAAUGGCCAAUAUCUCAGAGCCCGACGAGUGUAAUUGGUCUCUCCAUUGGAGAUGAAGGGGGUCUUGCUCAGCCUAUGCUCGAGCUCCAGAUCAAUGAUCAGAGGUUUGAUGAUGCUGAAGAGAUGGUUCAUGAAAGUGAGACCAAAGAUCACUAAUCUAUCCACAAAUGUAUUACUCUAAAACGGAGUUGUUUCUUAUGUUAAAACAGUGUCGUCUCUGUCUUCUUCAAAGUUCGUGUGCUUUGUUAAAUAUGCGUUUAGACUUGGAAGUUAGAUUUUGCUCAUCUUGUUAUCUCUCUCCUUGAUCACUACUCAUUCACGAACCAGAACAUAGCUUGUGCCUAACAUCAACAAACAAACUUAUAUGGGCUUAUGUAUUUCACUUCGGGCCCAGUCACCUGGAUUAGAUAUUCGUCGUAUUUAUACACUAUGAUUGAUUA